AUGAUUUCUUUACAAAGUAAUAAUGCUAUAAAUAGUGUAAUAAGCAUAUUUCUUGAUGUAGUUGCUUAAUAAAUUCCAUAAAACAAAUUAAAUUCCUUAUCUACGUUGAACUAUGAAUGCGAUAGCUGUUUUUUAAAAGAGCUAAAUUUUAAAAAAAUAUCACAGGAUUCUUGCUUUUAGUCAUUGCAAUGCUAUUAAGAACCUACUAAAUAAUCUGAAGAUUAUGACUAUUUUGAAGAAAGGAUUGAUUCUAAAUUGAAAUAAAAUCAGUAACAAAAUAUAAUAAAAAACAUUUUAAAGAGCUUCCUAAGCUAUUUAGUAAAAUUAUAGGACUCUAUAACAAAACAAAAAUAUUAAUAAAUGUAUUUCAAAAAAAACAAUAAUUCUUUUUCUGAAAUAAAGAAAGCUGUGUCGAAGAAAGUGAAUGUCAAAACGAAUAGAUGGAAUUUUUAGCUUAGAAGCCUUCUAUAAAGCGAAAGUCUAAAGCUAAUAUUUUAUGAUUAUCUAUUCAAUAACUCCUAAUAAUGGCUUUAAAAAUCUAAAGUGUUUAAUUUAGAAGAACAUAAGAGACUAAUUGAUGUUCUUUUAAAUUGCAUAGAAAAUAACUAACCAUUAGACAUAAAAAUAUAUAAGAAAAAGAAAUGA